AUGUCUGAACAACAACACGUCGAACAAGAAAUAUUCGACUCUCUUCCAUACUACGACAAUGAUCUCGACGUCCAUCCAGCCCUAAAACAAAAAGUCGAAGCAGAACUUGUUCGAGAAAGCCGCAAUAAUCCACAAACUCUCCAUCCUAAAGUCCCUCCUCCCAUAGAGCUAUUUUCCAACAACCCUCUACUAAAAGCUGAACUAGAACGCGUCGAAUCGCACCAACCUAUCCCCCCUCUAGACACCAUCCGCUACCAACUGCCCGCUCCAACGAACAUACCAGCAACCGACGAAGACUGGCAAGCAGCACUGAAAAAUGCAAAAGCUCAACUCGAGCACCAACGAAUUCGACAAAACAACAUCGCACUCCUCCAAACAUACGGCACAAACGCAUGGAAGAUCCAAAACUACCUCAUGGAACAUAUAGCGAAGGAGCUAGAGAAAGCGUUGGAAGACUUGAGGAAUAGGACGACGGAUGUAAAUAGAGAGCGAAAGCAGUUUCAAACAAAACUGGGUGCUCAACUUACUUCUCUCGAGACGCGAUGGACAGAACUAAUCUCGACCGUGCUGCAAAUUGAGCUUGCAAAUGUUGCAUUGGAGGCAGAGGUUAAUGACCUUGCGAGGAGAGAGUCGGAGUUAUCUGCGAUGUAA